AUGUCGCAAGCACCUCUCAUUACAUUACAUGUCUCUCGCUCGCCUUUACUGCCUGAGCUCGACUUUCGCAUCACCGCCAAAACAGGCUCGUUGCUCUCCGCACUGCUCACCAAGCGUGUCGUCGGCGCAGAGCACAACAUCACCGCUAGGCGUGGUAUCACUCAACCGGAGUACACGACAUCGAACACGCCGAACCCUACCUCACAUACGCACGCACAUCCAACAUCAGCGCACAGUCAUUCGAACGCGUUCGCCAGUGCGCCCUCGUCGCAGCUAGUCAUCGCGCUGCUAAACAUGCUUGAUCAAUUCGACGCAGACGUCGCGAUGCAGGUCGCACGGGUCAAGGACAGCAUCGCGGAAGCGCACGAGUGCAUCGAUGAGUAUAAGCAAGAACGUAUGCGCAGACAGACGUCGCGGGAGGAGCAGCGGCAGAAAGAGCGCAAGGAGACGAAGGAGAUCGGGAGUGACUUCUGGCUGGGUGUCUGA